AUGGCGGCCGCACGCUCGUUUUGGUGCUUCUUGACACUCGUUCUUUACUGUUCAUUCGUUCGCGCAGCGCCCUGGAUCGUGACUGAUUACUGGGAGGAAGAGCGCAUCACCAGUUAUCCCUAUGAUUAUUAUUAUUCGUCCAACGUCGCGCCGUACGUGACGACCGUGAACCAGCAAGUGCGACCGACCGUUACGUCGCUUCCCGAAGCUGUAUCGACUUACACCAACGUCGAGACCGGCUACUAUGCAGGCGACGUGACCGUCGUCAACGAACUAUACACCGCCACCAUCGGCACGGCGGCCUAUGACCUGGCCUACGGCGAUGACUACAGUUUGUACGAAACUACCAUCUAUGUGGUCAACCUGACCUAUACCGCGCCCACAGGCUGCUCUACUCAAUGGACCACGACCACCUACGCCACGGUGACCCCUCCCAGCAGCGUCGAAGCACUGCUCCCGCGCACCGCCACUUCCACCUCGUUCUCCGUGGACAAGACAUCCACUCCGUUCUCACCGACCACGUAUACCUACGUCUACGUCUGGGUCGAACCGACGCAAGUCCCGAGCACCAGUCUCGCCUGCUCCAAGUGCCAGUACACCGGCAGCGACAUCUGCGGUUAUUACUACGGCGGCUAUGAGGGCACGGACGAAGCCUGGUAUAACGACUCGUCGUGGUGGGGUAUUUCCCCGCUAGCACUCAUCCUAAUCUGUAUCCUCGGCUGGGUUGGCCUCUUCUUCAUACUCGGCGUCAUCGAAGCCUGGAUCCGCUUCAAACGGCUCAUGACGGGCUGGCAGACCCGACGAGGAUUCCCUCUUUUCUGGGCCUUUAUGCUUCUACCCGUCUCACUCUUCUGUCUGUGCUGUUUCCGCAAGGGAUACCGCUCACGCAAUGCCGGGGAUGCGGCCUUCUUGCAGCAGAAGUGGCGAGAUAUGAGUGCUUGGAAAAAGUUCAAGCUGUUCAUUGUCUGGGGCUUCCGCUUCAAGUAUCCUGAUGUUCUGGGACCAGCGCCGAUGCGCGUGAAGCAGAGCAAGAGGCCUGGUAAGAAUGCUGGGCCGCCUUUGCUGAACGCUUCGCCGCCUCAGACGGCGAUGUAUGGGCCGCCAAUGGCGGCUGGUGCUCGUAACCCUGAGAUGGGCCAGGAGUCGAAUCCUGCGCCGCAUCCGGCUAGGGCACCGUUGGUUCCCGGAACCGAGGGUGUCUUUUCGGGUCAAGACGAAGUUGAUCAAGAGCAGAAUGUCAGCCGUGAAGGAGCUCCCAGUUUGGCUCGUGCGACGAUCCGUGGGGAAACUCUGUAUGAAGUUGGACAGCACACCGAUGGACGGACCGGGAACACCGGCCCUGCAAAACAGCCCGCGUGUCUCAACUGUCGUCGCAGUAAGAUCCGCUGUAAUCGACCGGCGGGCCAUGCGCGAUGCGAGAAGUGUCGCCAGGCAGAUGUUGACUGCAUCGUGCCGAGCCACCAUCUGGGACGACAGAAGGGUGUGAAGAACAAGCGGAAGGGUCUGGAAAAGGCAAUUCAUCAGAUCGAGCAGGCCAUUAAACGGCCCAAGGUUGAUCCAGAGGGGCCGGAUGAUGCACAGAAAGCCAUCUCGGGGCUGCAAGAGUUGCUCACUCGGUUUCAAGGGCAAUUACAGAGUGAAGAAGUCUUUGAGCCGCCGGAUCGGUCGCGUAAUUUACCGUCUCCGGCUCGGGAUACGAGUGCGGAGGAGAGUCUUGCUCUCGAUGAUGCGGAGAAUCCUCUGCAGCUGCUUGCCAGAGCCUCAGAUCUUCAACUCUCACCAACAGGUGUACGACAUGUCCCAAAGUCUCCGCUACCAUCUAUUGCGCCCUUGCCGCAGGAGAGUAGUGGGUUUGACAUGAGUGCAAAGUCGUUCUUUGUGCCUACCAGAGCCCACUUGGAUGUUGGGUCUGAGUUAGACCCUGUUGAUCUGGGACUUGUCACAUUUGACGAAGCUGAAUCUUUGUUCUCCUUCUUUUAUCAGAACCUCGCACAUACACGAUGGGGCCUAGAUCCCAUGGUACAUACGCCAAGUUUCGUACGCGCACAAUCGGCAUUCCUAUUCACGUCCAUCAUGGCAGCGGCCGCACUUUUCCUAUCGUCUGCCGCUGCAUUAUCGAAGAGACUCUCGAGGCAUUGCAAGUGGCUUGCGAAGCGCGUGGUAACGAAUCGCUAUAAGUCAGUGGAAAUAGUGCUCGCCUUUAUGGUGAAUGUCCCAUGGAUGCCCCCUGGGGACAGAUUGGGAGAUGAUGAUACAUGUUCUUAUAUAGCCAUGGCACUCACCGUUGCCUUAGACUUGUCGCUGAACAAAAUUGUCACCCCGUCUUCGAGCUUCGACCAAGGUCUAUUAAAUCGUCUUGCUCGUGCCGACUGUAUUGACGCGAAGCGGGCGUUGCAUAUGGAUGGGUUCGAUGACGUGGAACCUUACUCGGAGUGGGGUCGGUUUGCCUUGCUCGAGGACGAAGUUAUACUGUACCCCCCCACAUCACUUGUUGAGAACUGCGAUGCCUGGCAUCGGGCAGACAUCGCAGAUCGUCGUGACGGACCGAUGAACUCGAUGGCAGUCUUACGCAGAGACCUAGAUGAUCUAUUCAGAAAGGUCAAGGCGAGCUGCGACAAUUAUCGAACGGUUGAUACCGGAUCUGAAGCCGCCCAAGCUAUUGAAAAGACCAUCGAGGAUUUCUAUGAGCGCUGGUACGCAACGUGGGCAUUGGCAAUUAGGGAAGCUGGAGCACGCUCGCUCCCACCGUACGUCGAAAUUCUAGUGACACAUACUCAGCUAUCCACCUACGGCGGUGUCAUCAAUCAUCCCACAGCACCACUUGCAGUAAAGCGCUUUUUCCGAGCAGCUGGACUUUCCUCUGCCCUGAACGUUCUCCGAGCGGCCAUCCAAGGGGAAGGACGACUGAAAUCCAUGCCAAACAACACGGUCAUCAUGAUCUCGUUUGCAGCAUGCUCAGCUCUCAGUCUUAGUGUGACCCCAGGCGACAGUCGGUCUAGUCUAGCUCCCAGUGUGCGGACUCUGAUCGAGGAGACCGCAGGAGUCCUAGAGCGAAUAGGAGCCACUCCGAGUCACCGUGGAGGAGCAUCGGUAUUAUAUGGUAAAUAUCUGCGUGAAUUGAUCCGACGAGGCCCGGCUGUACCUAGUCAACAGCUCCGAUCAGAUGCACGGCCAUUCGCCAUCGCAGAUCCUCUUGUACCCACCACUAGCCUAGGUGAUCAGUCGUUGGCAACAACGCAGGCCCUACCCCCAGGAGACAUCUGGACCGAGCCGAUGCAAUUCUCCUCCAUGUCCGAUAAUCAGAUCAUCGAUGCGGUCAAUCGUGCUGGUAGUGCAUUUGGAGCGUCGAUACCGGACGUGCCUGUUGACGAUAUGCUCAGUUGGGAUUGGCUUGACUUCCCCAGCACGGAGUUCACUUUCUGA